AUGCCACCGGUGACAGCCACCAAAGAAAACAAGCCGGGCUUGCCAAAUCGUCGUCCAUUAUCUAGAACCCUGGUCAGCACCCUGAGUGAUGCUGACAAAAAGGAUCUAUUAAUUAAUCAUACAAAACCUGCGCGCACUGGCCCUUCAACUGUGGUACCAGCUCAACGUCUCAAGAGAUCAGCUACUGCUCCCUCCGCUGUAGCUGUUCCUCCACCAAAAGUAAAUAAGAUAGAAAAGAAAGUAACUGUAGCUCCUAAAAUAGCACCAUAUGACUACAAAGCAAGAUUUAAUGAUUUGCUGGGAAAACACAAGAACAUGAAGAGUGAGUUUGAUGACUUGAAAGAAAAACACAUUGAAGUUACUGACAGUUAUGAGAAGACUAAGGAUUCUGUACAAAGCUUUGUGACUGAGAGGGAUAGAUUGAAAGAAAAUCUGUUGAAAUCCCUUACAGAAUUAAGAGAAAAAUCUGCAGAAUAUGACAAAAUGAAAGUAGAUUACGAUAUACAGAAAAUGGAAAAUGAAAACUUGCAGCGCAAAACUGUGUUAUUGGAUGAAAUCACUACUAGUCUGAAACAGAAGACUGCGGAACUCGAUAAGGUUCAAUCUGAAUUUGACUCAUUAUCUCGACAACAUAAAAGUCUGCAAGAGGAGACAGAAGCACUGCGAGUCUUGACAGAUAGUCUUAAGAAGAUAUCUAUACAAUUUGACAAAUUGCAACUUGACUAUAAAGAAGCUCAAGAGACUAUUGCUAAAUAUAAGUCAGAAUCUGAAAUAUUGCACAAUAUUUUAGCUGCCAUGCAUAAAGAGCAGAGAGACUUAAGAAAUACUAUUCAAGAUCUGAAAGGUAAUAUUAGAGUUUACUGUAGAAUUAGACCUCCACUGGAAUCAGAACAAUCAAAACCAAGAUAUAAUCUCAAUGUGCUUGAUGCCUGCUCUAUAGAAGUAGAAAAAGUUGAACUAAUGAAUUCUGUCAGAAAAGGAAAGCCACAACAUGGUUUCACAUUUGAUGGUAUUUUUACACCACAUGCAACUCAAGAAGAUGUGUUUGCUGAAGUUUCUACAAUGGUCCAGUCUGCAUUAGAUGGAUACAAUGUAUGUAUUUUUGCAUAUGGGCAAACAGGAUCUGGUAAAACAUACACUAUGGAAGGCGGCUGUGGAACUGAACAGUAUGGAAUCAUACCAAGAGCUUUCAACAUGAUUUUUACAUGUAUGGAAGAUAUGAAACGGAUGGGUUGGGAGAUAACCAUAAAAGCAUCUUUCUUGGAAAUAUAUAAUGAAAUAAUCUAUGAUCUGCUGAACUCCAGCAAGGAUCAAGUAACACAUGAGAUAAAAAUGUGUGAUUCUAAGGGAACUGACGUGUAUGUAUCGAAUUUGAAGGAAGAGGAAGUUAAGAAUUCACACGAUUUUAUCAGGCUGAUGAUAUUUGCCCAACGUAACAGACAAACAGCUGCGACUCUAAAUAACGAGCGCAGUUCUCGAUCUCACUCAGUCGCCCAAAUUAAGAUAUCAGCGAUACAUGAAAAGCGUAAAGAGAAAUAUACAAGUAACUUAAAUUUGGUGGAUCUGGCUGGUUCAGAAAGUGGGAAAACCACACAGCGCAUGGAGGAGACAAAACACAUCAACAGGUCUUUAUCAGAGCUGUCGAAAGUUAUCUUAUCACUGCAGACCAAUCAGUCUCAUAUACCUUACAGAAAUUCUAAGCUGACCCACUUACUGAUGCCCAGUCUGGGAGGCAAUUCGAAAACACUUAUGUUGGUAAAUAUCAAUCAAUUUGAUGAAUGCUUCAGUGAGACGCUUAAUUCCUUACGCUUUGCCACACAAGUUAAUAACUGUAGAGUUGUUAAAGCCAAGAAGAAUAUAACCAUGUUUGACUCAUAA